AUGUCUACACAUAACAUCGUAUUUCUCAAGGACACGUGGUGGUCUCUGGAACGAUGCAGUCCGGAGGGCACAAUCCUAGAAGAGCUCCUUGCCGAUGGUGUCGAACAUGUGCCUGGAUUAGUCUGGCAUGGUGUUAUCCCUAGCACACUUCCAGAUCAAGACCCCUGCGUUCUGACGGACGACGACUUCGAAAUCCAAGUCACUAUGUACUGCGACUAUGUCCAAGAACCAUGGGCAUAUUCAAUGAGAGGGAACAGUCUUUUGACGGGCCGCAGGUCUCAUUAUCGGCUUGUGGUCGAUACAGUCGGCUACCCUUUGGAGUCCUUCUCGGGAACCGCGGAGUUACUCCACGCGACAUACAAUGUUUUUCACGCUCUGCGGCAAGCUUUCACCAAAUCGUCGCGUCUGCAUCGCGAUGUCAGUCUCGCGAACAUUAUCCUUGUCCGUGAAGGCGAUGCCGCGGUGCGUCGGGGGGUCCUCAUCGAUUGGGACGCGUCAGCACCGGUCAAUGAGACAGGUCGGUCAGUAGUGCUCGGUGUCGCGGGGACCUACCCAUUCAUAUCUCUAGCUAUGAUUCAAUCUUCCAACGAUCGAGCGCAAACGCUGCUCGACGAUAUCGAAUCUCUUAUCUACGUGGUGAUAUACUGCGCCUAUCUCUGGCUCCCCCACGAUCGCAACAAAGAGGAUCUGGAAUACUGCGUAUACCAAAUGUUUGAUGCCAGGUUUCCCCCCUCUGAGUACAGGCUGAUCCACGGCCGGGGCAAGGCAAUCAAUCUCGAAGAUCAGCGUUACACCAGUGACUUCCACUGGCCUCAGCUCUUCCGCGACUGGUUGAGCACAGUUCUCAACUACCGUGCUCCUCCUUUCCCCCUUAUCGCAGAGUUCGAGGGAAAAUGGGAAGACCCAGAGCAUCUGGACGAGAUCGCACUGAGAACGACCAUCCUCGUGCUCGCUCAAAGAAACCUAUACCGAAGCCAUAUAAAAGCCCCUCUUCUCCCGGCGAUCGCUCUGGUCUACACCCCUCGCCCGCCGCAGAGCCCGGGGCAGCUAUUGGAUUAA